AAGAGAGCCCGGCGGACCAUCUACUAUAGCUCUACCACAUGCUACUGGAAUCCCAUAAAGUGAAGGAGUCAUAAAGACAACUCCGUGUCAACAGAUAAACGUGUGGAAAGAACAUUUAAUGAGCGAACGGUAAAUAUGCCAAUUCUUUCUGCAUGGUGCCCCCGUUACAUUUGGACUAAAAUUCACCUCCGUUCGAAGGGCAUUAAUCAGUUGUUGGAAUGAAGGAAUUGAAGGCUGGACACAGUGACACCAUCGCUAAACUAUCUUCUUCAAUACGGAAUUAAUGUAUCAUCCCGUUUUCCGCUAUCCACUGCUAAGCGUUUGAUUUGUUAUAUGGCAUUGGAAGGAAUAGCCUAAAAGAUCUCAAUAACUUGGUCAAUGUUUGGGACUUUGCGUCUCGGGACUGCUCGGAAACCAAUACGAAAAAAUCUUCUUGGACUUUGGAGUUCGUUUAUCAUGUUUAGUGUGUGUAUUCAGAUGCGACUGAACAGGAAAUGAUAACGUUGUUACAUUGACGCUUUUACAUGUACAGUCGUUCAAAUUUGAGUGGUUUAAAGUAAACCUUAACAACUAGCAAGUGAUGACCAUGAUUUUUACGAAAACCUAUAUCUCUUGUGCUUGAGUGAUGGAGCAGUCAAGUUUUCACAAGAAAUAUUCAGGGAAUGUUUCACAUCGUCCACCUUCGAGUCGAGGAUCUGCCCCUGGAUCUAAUGCAAGGCCUCCAUCGACGUCAACAGUGCCAGCGGUUGACGAAAGGGACGUCGAGAAGUUGGACGAGCAUGCCAUGAAGCAGGAGGAGCAUUUUAAUAAUCAUGGAGAGUCGAGACCCGGGAGUAGAGUUUGCACCCCUCGGGAUGAUCGAAUUGGUGUCAUUAAUCAGUACCGAAAACCAUGGGUUCGACCUCAAACAACAGGUCACACGAUGACAUCGACACAGAGAGAAAGACAGAUGGCUAAAUAUCGUCAAGGUAGACCGAAAUCAAGCCCUGUCGCUCGGCGUCAUCGAUCUCCAGAUCGGGAAAAAUACGGCUACGUGAUAAAGCGGCCCGAAAGUGUCCCACUGGGGAGUCGACCUGGUAGCAGUCGUCCCGGUAGUCGACUGGGCAGACGGACGUCAUCCUCCUUGUCGAGGAGAAGAAAUUCUACUAUUGAUAGCGAUGUCGAAGAGAUUAUUGUGGGUAAAGACCAAAAUGUUAGCCAAGAGACACGGACCACGGAGGGUCAGACAAAGGGAGACGGGAAGGACAAUGACAUUGAUACCAAAAACAAUGGUUGGACGGGGGAUGCUGCAGCUACAGAUGCCGCAGCUACAGAUGCCGAAGAUGACAAAAGAGAUGGAAGACGAGUUCCAACUUUAACCACAAAACCCCGAAUGCAUGUGACUAGUGAAGAUCAUCCCAAGAAAGUAGAAGUCGAUGAGAACCUAAACGAUGUCGAGAAAACAAAUGGCGACGCCCAGGUCGCAGUUCCGACGAAGAUCAUUGAACCAGAGGAGGAGCCACAACAUGAUAAUUCCAGCAAAGCUGAUGACGACCAGUGUCGUAAACAGAGCGUUUUCGACGUGACUAUGAUGACAGCCGUCUCGCAUGGAGGACUAAGCGGUGGUCGUGAACGGAGUCUUAGCUCUGCGUCUAACGAUGGGAGGAGUUCGUCAUCGGCUUCGCACCACGGAGAGUCGCUCGCUCGUCGAGCGCGGAAAGAGAGGUUGAGAAAGUUGUCCCAAUAUAGGAAUACUCGCUUUAAUCGGCCGGCAGAAACGGCGAGAGAAAAGUUUCGCCGGGUUUGUAAAACAGUUCGAGUCAUAGCCGGGAUUUGUCUCUCAAUGAAAAGUUACGUGAAAGACGAAGCAACGAAACAAUGGUCCCUUCAUGAGAUGCAUCUCAAUAUGAGAGCUGAUCUAGAACAGAAUCUAGCCUUCGAUCUAAUCAUGUUCUCCAAACUCAGGGUGACGAGAGGAUCGGAGAAGUUGAAGAUGAUUCUUUCUCUAAGACCAGAACAGAGGACGCGAGCAGACAUUGAAGUGGUCAUGGCUCUCUUGAGGAAGAACAAAGCUUUCGCCGAAUAUCAGCCGGAGACACAGGUCGCACUCGUCAAGUACAUGGAGUACUUGAGGUUCGAGCCCAGGAGGAUAGUGCUGAAGGAAGGUCACGUAGCCUCUGGUUUCUACAUCGUCCUCUCUGGCACAUGCCUGGUGAAUCAGAAGGAGACCGACCCACGGAAUGGGGAGACGUUUGUCAGGACGAUCACGCAGUUGACGUCGGGAGAAUCAUUUGGAGAAUAUAGCCUUCUGCAUAACACAGUACGUUCUGCUAGCGUUGUAUGCAAGGAUGAAGUGGAGGUACUUCUUAUCAAUGGAGACGAUUUUGAUAACAUCAUUAAGCGUCCCUUGGAACAGAAGCGUGAUGAACUGAUCGAGUUUUGCCACGCCCAUGAUAUAUACAUCUCAGCUACUCAAGAGACGCUUAGGAAACAACCCAAAGCCAUCUAUACCAAAUUCUUCAAGCCAGGCACAGUUAUCACUGAGGACAUAAUGGCAAGCGAGUACAUCUACGUCGUCAAAGAGGGUAAAUGUACAGUAGUAGCUGAAAUUCGAGAAAUGAAGCCUCUUCACAAGAAAGGACAGCUACCUGACAGGUAUUUCAUGCACGAUGAGAGCUGGAAGAAAGAUGCAGCCAUUAAACGAAGCAUGGCUGUUCUGUCUGCCGGGAAGCGUCGGAGUCGGUCAGCAGCCGCGAGAAAUAAACUCUACCCGCCAGAGAAAAAAGAGAAGACAUUCUUCUCCAUGAACGCUAUAAAUGUCGAGGAUGAUGGUGAUAAUGAUGCUGGUAAGGGUGAUGAUAAUAGUGACGACAAUAAUGAUAACGGUGAUGCGGUGGGGAUAUAA